AUGUCAGAAGUUCAGUCUUCAUUUCAACAAGCUCUUAUUGGCAACAGAAAUAUGGAAGACAAAUUUUUAACCAAAUUUAAAGGAUGUUAUUUUGCAAAUACUCAACUUAAUCUUGAAAUUUUAGAAAAUUUAGAUGAUUUUGAAAUCAGAGAUGAUGAUGUCUUCAUAAUCACAUACCCCAAAUCUGGUACUGUCUGGUUUCAGCAGAUAUUAUGCUUGAUUUAUUUUGAAGAACAUCGCAAAGGCAUAGGGAAUCUGGAAACAGUUGAACGCAUCCCGUUUAUUGAGUACACCCCUCAAAAAGUGGAUCUUGCUGAAAGACCAUCUCCUCGUCUCUUCGUUACCCACAUCCCAUACUACUUGGUUCCCAGGGGGCUAAAGAACAAAAAAGCCAAAGUUAUUUACAUAUACAGAAACCCCAAGGAUGUUAUGUGCUCAUUUUUUCACUUUUCAAAGAAACUGACAGCAUCCGCUACAGAUAACUUUGUGGAAUUCAUGAAACUAUUUCUAGAAGGAGAAGUGGUAGGAAGUCUUUGGUUUGACCACAUCAAAGGUUGGUAUGAGCACAAAAGCCUGUUCAACAUUCAGUUCUUGAUGUAUGAGGAGAUGAAGAAGGACCUCAGAGGCUCUGUGUUAAAAGUAUGCAAAUUUUGGGGGAAAGAAUUGAGUGAAGAGGACGUGGAUGCUGUUGUGAGACAGGCCACAUUUGAAAACAUGAAGAAUGACCCACGAGCCAAUUAUGACAAUAAACUCAAGACCCAUUUUGGGAUACAAAAAAAAGGUCAUUUCCUUCGCAAAGGUACGGUUGGAGACUGGAAAAAUCACAUGACUGCUGAGCAGAAUGAAAAGUUUGACAUGAUUUUCCAAACGGAGAUGAAAGAUAUUCCCUUGAAGUUCAUCUGGGAUAUGAAUGAAGAAUAG